AUCUCAUAGUACCUGCUACAGUUUUAUUAACAAAAUUUUCACAUUCUUUUUAUCAUUUUUAAUACACGUGAAUUUAGUUUUUUAUCUUAUUGUACGCGUUGUAGCACAUGUAGAAAGAAAUAUUUACACAGAAUAUCAUCAUUUAUAUUUUACAUAAGAUAAUGCUUUAUUAAACUUAACUAGAUACUACAUAAUAAUUAUGAAUAAAUAAUAUUCACGAGAGUUAAAGGCUGUCGACGAUUCGUCUGAUGAACGAUUUAUUUUAAUUGGCUUUCUGAUCGAGUUUAGUGGAGGGGUGGUUAUACCUAUCAACCUAUUUGCAUAUAUAUAUGAGAUAUUAAUUUCGUGUGUUUCUGUUAAUUUCUUGUGUGUAUUAAUACGUUACAGUGCGAGAGGUGUUUAUUGAUUGCUUUGUUAAUAAAAUAAAGGAAAAAUGGAUAGAAAAUUUUAUGGAUCUGUUAAUAUUGAUAACAAUAAUACUCGUGAGAAAACAAAAAAGGGAACAAUGAAGGACGAAAAGAGGCCGUUAUUAGAUAAUGAGUCUCAAAGUGAUUCUACAGAACCCCCUGCAGUCCAAGACACCAUCGUCGAUAUCACUAAACCCCUACACAGUGUGGUUUCAUCGUAUAAAAUGGAAGUAGAAGACCCUGUUUUGAACAGGAGCUUGGAACAUCCUACUUCAAAUUUAGACACGAUGAUACAUUUACUGAAAGGGAAUGUAGGCACCGGGAUUUUGGCAAUGCCAGACGCUUUUCGAAACGCAGGGUGGGCUGUGGGAACAGUAGGUACCCUUUUAAUGGGUAUCAUUUGUACCCAUUGCAUGCAUAUGCUUGUUAAAUGUUCCCAUGAUUUGUGUAGAAGAACUAACACGGCUGCGUUGAAUUUUGCUGAAGUAUCUGAAUAUGCUUGCCAGUUAGGACCGGAACCUCUCAGAAAAUAUUCCCGUAUAUUCAAGAUCUCUAUCAACUCUUUCCUCUGCAUUACACAAAUAGGUUUUUGUUGUGUAUAUUUUGUAUUUGUGGCGGCGAACCUUCAGGAAGUAAUUAAGCAUUACAUCGUUGAUAUAAGCGUUCAUUGGUAUUUAGUGUUUUUGCUACCACCAAUGAUUGUUUUAAAUUGGUUAAAAAAUCUGAAGUAUUUGGCACCGGUGUCAUUCUUUGCCUCCAUAUUAACUUGUACUGGUUUGGCAAUUACAUUUUUCUACAUGUUACAAGGUCUACCAAACACUUCUUCCAUUAAAGCGUCUACCAACUGGUCACAAUUUGCGUUAUUUUUUGGUACAGCGAUUUACGCAUUUGAGGGAAUUGGUGUAGUUCUUCCUUUAGAAAACAACAUGAAAAGGCCGCAAGACUUCGGAGGAUGGACCGGAGUUUUAAAUACAGGAAUGGUCAUAGUUGCUUGUCUUUAUACAGCGGUAGGAUUUUUCGGUUAUCUCAAAUAUGGUGAUAUGGCUCAGCUUGGAAGUGUUACCUUGUAUUUACCGUCAAACGAUAUAUUGGCACAGUCGGUACGUCUCAUGAUGGCUAUAGCCAUAUUUCUUUCAUAUGGGCUUCAGUUCUAUGUUCCAUUCAGUAUCAUUUGGCCUAUAGUAAAAGACCAUUUAGAGACGGAAAAGGCCCAAGUUUUGGGAGAAUAUAUCACUCGUACAAUUCUUGUCAUCAUAACUUUUGCCUUGGCCGCUGCCAUUCCGAAUUUGGGUGCAGUUAUUUCUUUGGUUGGAGCAUUUAGCAGUUCUGCAUUGGCCCUCAUUUUUCCACCCCUAUUGGAAAUACUAACCUUUUGGCCCGACAGGCUCGGUAAAUAUAAAUGGAUCUUCUGGAAAGAUUUUUUUAUAGCCGUUUUCGGUUUUCUGGGGUUCAUAUUAGGUUCUUAUGUUAGUGUUUUAAAUAUCAUCAGCCCCGAAGUUAAUAACUAAUAGGCAGAAUCUGUUUUGAUUUAUUCCAUUUUCAUUUUCUGAAAAUGAGUUCCAAGGGGAAGAAAUGAUGUAACAAAAAAGUUUCAC